CAAAUGCUAUUCACAUAAAACAAAUUAGUACUUUGCUUGUGAGCUGUGUUAGCUAACUAGUCAACAAUAAAUGUGAGGAGCUUUGCAAUUCGGAGGGUGACUGGCUGGCCAUAGCUGGUAAUUUUGGACGGUGUUUAAUAAACACUGUUUAUUGCUACGUCAGGGUUGAGAUUCAAGUAUUAUCACUGUCACUGCGUCGACAUGCCUCAAAAACGCAAAAUCUCGGAUCUAUUCCCCACAAGCUGGUCAUUCUUCAUUUUCGUCCUAUACAUGUUACUAUUUAUUAAUCAAGGAAUCCUGGUGACCGCGUCUCAGAAUACAAAUCAUCAAGGCUACUCUUACAACACAAUAAUUGCCGUACUGCUCACAGAAGUCAUUAAAUUAUGGGUCAGCGCAGGAAUUUUCAUACAAAGGAACUCUGUUGCUGUAUUUGUUGGCGAGUUACGACAGAAUUCUAAAGUGCUAUUCCUCUAUUUUAUCCCAGCCGGACUCUACUGUUUAUACAACAAUUUGGCUUUUAUGAAUCUAGUCAAUUUUGAUCCAACCACCUACUUUUUAUUGCUUCAGUUUCGAGUGGUAGUCACUGGAAUAGUAUUUCAGAUGUUGUUCCAGAAACGACUGAGCAAGUACCAGUGGAUUAGUUUAAUUUUCCUCACAAUAGGAUGCAUGAUCAAGGAACUGAAACUUGGAUGGCUGCUACUAGACCCAGAUUCCUUAGUUGUAGAAAACCUGCAAAAGUCUGUGGGUAAUGAAAAGAUUAGCGAAAUAAGUGGUGGUGCUACGGUUGCUUCUGCUGCUGAUAAGGUACAAAAACUUGGGUUUCUGGAUAAUCCUAUGGGAGUCGUUUUGAUCUUGUUGCAAGUUUUAUGUUCAUCUUUUGCCGGAGUCUACAAUGAAUUUCUUCUCAAACGACCAACAUCUGCAAGUCAAAAGCAACUUCCGAUUCUGAUUCAAAAUGUGUGUCUCUACAUCGACUCAAUCAUUUGUAACUUGGGUCUCUUGGUCUUUCGAAACAACCUGUCAGUUCUAACGGAUUUUUCAGCCAUGAAAACAAUCCUCACUACGCCUAUCACACUUGCAGUGGUACUAAAUAACGCUGCAAUAGGAAUAGUUACCAGCUUCUUUCUAGCUCAGCUAAACUCUAUUUUGAAAACGUUCGCCAGCGCCUUAGAACUUAUGUUUACCGCUAUCCUGUGUUGGUUGAUAUUUGACAUUCCUAUCCACUUAAAUACUGCCGUGGCUAUUUUUAUUGUCACGCUUGCCAUAUGGCUGUACUCAAAGGAACCGGUACACAAUCCAGCAACAACCUCCAACCAUGGUCAUGCAAGCAAGAAAGAAGAGGACGAUAUGCAAAAAAUGCUUAAUGAAGAGAUGGAGGUCUGAUUGACGAGUGGGUGGGUGCUUCAUGUGCCAUGUUGUAUUACUUGUUAUUAAAUUAUUUUAAUUGUAAAAUUCAGUGAUAGACAAUUUUUACGCCAUGUAACAAUAGUCACAAUCAAACUAUAAAACAAUGUUACCUUUUUACCACUAGUGAGGCUAAUGAGGGUUACCUAGAGAAUUGAUCUUCUGAUGACUUGCACUACUUAUAUAUCAACUUACACUACACUACGAUAUGAAUUUGUGGGCCAACUAGAUGCAAAUUGUGUUUAGUAUUUUUAUAGCUUGUUAGAAAAUUAGUCUUGUUUUUCGUACCCAAGCUUACAUAAUAACUAUCAAAUAUUAUUUAUAAAAUCUGUGAUACGAUUUUCUACUCUUGGCCGCCCUAGUAAAUAUUCCUGUAUUGUUUUUUUACACGAAAAUUCCCGUAAUCUACAUACUUGGAUAUUGUUAUUUAUCAAGCGCUGAAUAUCUAUGCAGACUUAGUUGUUCAGCUAUGAUGUUAUCUUGUAUUUUUUUAUAAAUUUGAGAGUUUUAGUAGCUGUUACAUAUUGACGUUGUCAUCAAUUUGAAAUUGUGAUUACAGAAAGGUCAUAAUAUUUUCAAUAAUAAAUAUCGGUUUUUAUUUGGUAA